CAGUUAACAUUCUGUGUGUGUGUGCGUGAAUGUGCAUAUUUGUGUCUUUGUAAGUGUAUUUAGUGGGUGAGGACAGAUAACAGUUGACAGUCCCUGGUUACACCCAUUUCUAAAGCCGGACCUGCAUAUCCGUGGUGUUGGUGGGGUGUGGUUUAAAGCACUCUCUUGCACAUCCCUAUCCAAGUCUGUGCAGUGAUCCAGUUCUUGUUUUCAAAUCCUCCGGGUGGGUGGAUGAGGAGAAUGGGCUAAUCAGGCAGAAAGCAAACCUUAACUCUGGGGAGACCGGCAGCAAGACACGGAAAGCAACAGACUGGAAAAGCAAGCUGGAAAGCAAAGUGGGCAACUUUCUGGUUGGUUGUGAUGAUGAAUGCAAGAUGGAGGUUGAAUUGGGGGAGUUGACAGAUGAGGAGGCAGCAGUCAUCUUGGAUGUUUUGGAAAGAGACAAGGAGUUGCAGAAACGGGAGGAGAGGAGACUAUGCCAACUGGAAAAGACAGAAUGUGACCCACUGCGUCUGCGCCAGCUUUCGGGCACAUGGUUUACUGAGGAGAGGGACAGGAGACACCAGAGAGGUGGAGUCGACAUAGUACAUUCCUCCAUCCGCCAAAAGAGAUGUGUCAAAGACAUUCCUCUGACGACUGUUUUUGAGAAGCAGACAGACAUUGAAUGUAAGCAGACAGCUGAAGAGGAUGACUAUGACAGAGAUGAGAAGGAGGAAGAGGAUCGUGAAAAGGGUUCCCAGACCAGGGUGCCUCCCACACCUCGCCCAAGAAUCAGAACACCUCUGCAACUUCGGUGUCAAUGUGUGGACUCAAACCAUGUUCUCAUGCUCUUAAUACUCUUCACAAGCACUGGCCUUUUCUGCCUUUUUUGCUUUUUAAAGUGUAAAGAUGCGAAUGAAAAGAAUUCAGAAAACAAAGUCUCCACACAUGGUGAUGUGUCUCCAUUAGGAAGAGAUGUGGAGGAGAAAGCUGAGGAGAGUAUCUCUGACCCGACGCCCUCCUCACUGCAGGACACAGACUCUAUCAGCAUUUUGGAACUUGAUCCAAUCAGAAUUGGCUCAACCAGCAGUUUGCAGUACAAUACUACGUGGAAUGGCAGUGUGACAAGUUUGAUGAGUGUUGGGGAAAUUGGGGAUGCGGUUGUAAGUGGACGAAUCCAGUUCUCUCUGCAAUACCACCACCACAAGGAGGAGCUUGUAGUGUAUGUGUAUCGCUGUCAGGAUCUUGCACAAGCCCGCAGAAACCGCACAAACCCGUAUGUAAAGGUCUAUCUACUGCCAGAUAUGUCCAGUCAGAGUAAAAGGAAGACAUCCGUGAAGAAGAAAACAGUCAACCCAAUUUACAAUGAGAUCUUCACAUAUAAGGUGGCUGACAUCAGGGGUCGUGUUUUGUCGCUGUCCGUGUGGCAUACUGAAGCUUUGAGGGCCAAUGUGUUCUUGGGGGCAGUGGAGGCCCAACUAAACCAGUGGGACUGGGACAAGAGCCAACCCUGCUGGCACUCCCUGCAGCCCCGAUUCCUCAUGGAUCCUGCCAUGGGAACUACCACAGGGACCAUACUGCUCUCAAUGAAGUUCGUACCACCUGGCGCCGAAGGCUCUGGCCUGCCCCCUACAGGAGAGUUGCACAUAUGGCUUAGGGAAGCUGCGGUCAUCUCUUCAAAACAGAGAGUUCCCAGCACAUUUGUGAAAAGCUGUGUGUUACCAGAUGAGAACCGGUCUAGUGGCCAGAGGACUCGCGUGGUCAGACGGUCAGCUUCUCCGGUGUUCAACCACACCAUGGUGUACGAUGGCAUCCACGCAUCUGACCUCACACACAUCUGUGUGGAGAUGACUGUGUGGGACAAACACGCACUCGCCGCACAUUGUUUGGGAGGAGUGAGGUUCAGCACAGGCGCAGGUGUCAGCUAUGAUCAGACAGUCCUAUGGAUGGACUCCUCAGAGGAAGAGCAGAAAGUGUGGAUGGCAGUCAUGAACAAUCACAACCGCUGGGUAGAGACUGCUCUCCCACUAAGAACUGAACUACAACCCUACACCUGAAUCUAAUUCUUAGGCUUAUUUCGCUUACUUGCACUUAGAACUUUAAAUGCCAGUGUUAUUUGUACCACUUGUGUGAAGUAUAAGGGGGGGGGGGGGCAGACAUGUGAAGUUAAAGAAUUUGGUAGGUGAAUAGAGUAAGGUGUCAACCUCUCUUCUGUAACACUGAAAUGCUGUUUCACAAGGAUGCCAGUACAGGAAGUGGGCGCAAAUGCCAUUACAGGAAGAAGACCAGGCACUGCCAUAAAGAAUUAGGUGCAGAUAUGUAUGAGUUGCUCGUAUUGCUUUGUAGAAUUAAUCUCUGAAUGAUGUGUGAUUGCUGCUGUACAACUACCGCACAAAGAAUUUGGGGCUCGUUGUCUUCACUCGAUUUUUGCCACACAUGCACAUCGCAUGCACAUGUGCAACCAUACGGUUGAGUCACAAACAUGCACACACACAUGUGCAACCAUACGAUUUAGUCACAAACAUGCACACACACAUGUGCAACCAUAUGGUUGAGUCACAUUAGCACAUAUAUGUGCACGUUGAGUCACAUUAGCACAUAUGUUUGCACAUUAAUGUGACUCAACCGUACCAACCGUAUCUCCUGGAUCAGACUCACUAACUUAACUUCUGGCUAUGUCUUAGUUAUUUGCCCGACAGUUUAGACCUAAGGUGGACGAGUACAAGCUUGCUAAUGCUUAUUUACAAUUAUAAGAAUUAAACAUUUUUAAACAUACCUGCGAAAAAUGCUCACAUGUCAUUUCACAGAUUUUCUUUUUAAUCCUCUCAGCUCUUGUUCCAUUUUGAGGUCAUUUCUGUUAUAGCCAGUAGUUAGUCCAGUGUUACAAUCAGCUAAUGAAGCUUGUCAGGCUCAAUCAACACAAAGCAGGGAGAUGUUGGAGGGGGGCACCACAAUCUUUGAUUUUGUCAUUUUAGGAAAAUAUACUGUGUGCUGUGUAGUUUACUGUUUGAUUGAGUAAAAAGUGAUUAAAAUGAACAAAACUACUGUUAUUGGUUCCCUAAGCACAGAAUGUGAUGUUGUAUGCAUACCACCUCUGUCACGCCACUUUUUCUGGUGUUAUGACACCUAGGAAACCUUGGAUGAAUUGACUGAUUUCAAGGGGCCUGCACUGACAGCACAGCAUAAUGACCAAUAUCAUUGGGGGGAGGAGGGUAUAUUAGUUCAGAUGGCCCACAUUUUCUAGCAACUCCCCUGCAUAAAUGUAAUCUGCUUUUUUCAGGAGGGAGGGCAAUGACUUUUAGUUUACAUUUGGAUUUUGUUGGAUUGUUUUGUUUUUGUUUUGUCUCGAUUUAAACCCUGUAUAUUAUCUGAAUGUGUUUUGGUUUUAGAUGGUCAGGUCCAGUGAAUUACAUUUACAUCAGAGCACUCAAAGAGUUUUACUGUAGAGACAGUAGAGAUUACUGUCUACACACUCUUACCCAUUCACACACACUCACAUGCAUAUCAUCGAUGGCGGUUGCUACUGUACACAAGGUAACCUGCACAACUGGGCAGUUGAGGUUCAGUGUUUUGCUAAAGGACACUCUGACACAGAACCAGGGGGAGUUGGGAUUGAAUCAGCAACCUUCCCAUUAUUUCACAGUGUUUCCCACAGAGUUGAAUUCUAUUUGUGGUGGUAGGUUUGCAGAAUUAACUGUUUUUAACCAAUUAGUGCAGCGUGGUUAUGAUGCAGGUUUAAGCACGAUUUAGCCUGUGGACUUUUACAAUUGCAGGAUUGUUAAUGUUUUCUUUAAAAAUGCAUGUAGGUUUGUUGAGAGACAAGGGGAGGCUGCGCAAAGGUGCACAUAUCUACAAUAAACAAAUUCCAUCUAAA